AUGGCGGCAGCCGGACAACGUCGGCCGUCCCUGCGCGCGGCGGCGCCCGUGCCUCUGCUGCUUCUGAUGAUCGUCGUCGUUUCCUUCGGGAGUCAGGCGGCGGCGGCGGGCGGCGCUCCGACCUGGACGACGGAGCUGCAGCAGCACGUCGCCUACUUCGACACCGACAACGACGGCAUCGUCACCUACUCCGAGACAGAAGCAGGGCUUCGUAGGAUCGGCCUUGGAGCCAUCUCGGCCGCCGCGGCCGCCACUUUGAUCAACGGCGUCAUCGGACCCAAGACCAGACCUGACAACGCAACAACGUCGCACUUGGACAUCUACAUAGAGAACAUCCAGAAGGGGAUCCACGGGAGUGACACGGGCUCCUACGAUGCUCAAGGAAGGUUCGUCCAGGCCAAGUUCGACGAGAUUUUCAUCAAGUACGCCAAGACCGAGCCCAACGCUCUGAACCAGACGGAGCUGGAGGAGAUGCGCCACGGGAACAGGGGGAGCAACGACUUCUCCGGAUGGGCGGCGUCCAAGGCGGAGUGGGACAUGCUGUACAGCCUCGCCAAGGACAAGGACGGCUUCCUCCAGAAGGGCACCGCGCGAGCCGUCUACGACGGGAGCCUCUUCGUUACGCUCGCACAGAAGAACGGCGGUUCGUCUGGAGGAAAUUAA